UGCUCCUUCUGGCUCACCUGUGCGACGUCCAGUAAUAGCUGCGUACACAGCAGAAACGGGUUAGACAUGUUGCUUAAGAACGUUCCACGGUGCCCAUUCUUAUUUUCACCUAGCCCAUUCCAUGUUUUCACCUGAACCUUCAGCAUGAAUAACGAUGUCAUCGAAAAAUAUGGGGUUGAUGGCAUAACACAAAGUGAGAAGAAGAAGCCUAACAUCGUGGAUUCGCGAGAUUGCAUUUAUGUGUUCGGACUGUGAAGGCUGUGUCACCAAUUUUCGCUACUAAUGCAAAUACAAUGUUAAUGUCAGGUCAAGGACAGCCAUCGUCGACGCAACCACAAGAGCCUGGACUAAUACCAGAACGGACGGGUCUCGAGAGCCUGGCACCGCUCAACGUAGUGACAAUCAUACCCGUCAGGCACGCAAUGCUGCCCUUAUCGAGUGCACUUGUUCGCAAACCCAGGUUCAUCGUGAAGGACUAUUGGAAACACGACCUCUUUCGUCUAAAUGUAGUGAACAUCUCAUCAUGCGACCAUUGUUUUGGAUCUGCAAACAGACCCUUCACUAUGUCGAUGUCACAACAGGACGGAUGCGUGAUGGCCUUCCACCGCCCUCUUCGACUUCAGAGUGGAAUCAAAGGGUGCUUUUGUGGUUGCCUUGGACAGGAGAUGGAGAUUGAAGCCCCUCCCGGAAGAAGAAUAGCCUUCAUUUCCGAAGAUUUCUCCAUGUGGGGUACUUCUUUCACCAUAACUGAUGCCAGGGGAAACGCGAUGUUCAAGGUCCUCGGCCCCGUUCUGUCCACCAGCUGUUUGAGCAAGGCGUCUCCGGACAUAUUACAGGUGACAACAAUGGGAGGGUUCCCAGUAGGCGAGAUAUGGAUUGGUGAGCAAAUUACGGUCUCCUUUCUCGUCAACCUGGAUGUUCAGCUCAAGGGAUGUCUAAUCGCCUGUGGAAUGCUGGCUUGGAAAAAUAGUUCCGACGCCACUGGUAGAAAGUAUUCGAGCGUCCGAAUGCCCCGUACCCGAUACCCGGUCAACGACUGCCGACAGGUAAGUCACUUGUUAUUGCUUGAUGCCUUACAACACCGCAUUCGCUUCGUGUAUUGUGAAUAAGUUGCUUAACAGUUUCCGUAAAUCGGGACUGGAAUACGCUGUGACCGAGAACGACAGCGUAGCUUUGCAGAUACGAUGGUAGACUAUAUUUCUUUUCGUGAAACUAUUAUCUAAAUGUUAUGAUUACAUACCCGCUCACGUCGUACUGUAUAACGGUAUGGCGCUACUGUAAGUCUGAUUCUCGGUGAUUUAGCUCGACAAGUUUCGUCCGACGUUG